CCUCCGCCUCCUCCGCCUUCUUGGGGUGGCGCCAAGCCUAGUGAUGAUGAGUUACUGGCUGAGUAUGGCAGUGGUCCCACUCAGUCGUCGGGCCCAGGCAUGUCGACAGGCUACGCCGCACAGCCAUCCUAUGGUACCAACCAGGCUACAUCGUACCGGGAUCCAUAUUCAGACUCGCAGAUGAGCCAGGCCUAUGAUCCAGAGGAGGAAGAAAUUCAAGCUAUCAAGUUCCAAAUCCGAAAUACAAAACAAGAAAGCCUGAGUAGUACUCGCAAUGCUCUUCGCUUGGCCCGCGAGACAGAGGAGACAGCGACUAACACCAUGGUCAAAUUGGGAGAACAAAGUGGUACUUUGGACAUCGCCAAGGCACACACAUCCCGUGUUGAGGACAAUGCGCGCACAAUCGCUCAGCUUAACCAGUCUAUUUUCCGUCCUAAAUGGAAGCGUAACCAAAAAGCGAAACGUGACGCGGAGGAGGCUCGAGUCCUGCAGCGCCAUAUUGACGAGCGAACGGAACGGGAACUCACACGUGCUGAAAUGCUGUCUUCGCAAAGGCGCGUGGAAGAGUCAGUCUCCAACAUGGGCAUGUUUUCUAAGUUGCGUAACAAGGCCGGCGUUUCCAACACGAACCAAUCUUUUGACCCCAAGGAGCAACGCGCCCGCUACCAGUUUGAGGCGACAGAGAGUGACGACGAAUUGGAAGACGAGCUCGAUGGCAACCUGGAUGAAAUCUCGGCAUUGAGUGCGAGGAUGAAUCUUCUCAGCCGAGCCAUGGGCCAGGAGGUGGACGAGCAGAAUAAGCGCUUGGGUCGUGUCAGCGACAAGACCUCGGCUCUGGACACACGGAUCUAUGCUGGUACCAAACGCUUGGAAAACCUUAAGUAA